AUGGUACCAGGCAAACUAGUCGGCGCCUUGCAGCGGUAUAAGGAGGACACAAACUCCGUCGCCGCUUGGCUUGCGUCAACGGCAAAGCAUUAUGGCUACAAGUCACAGGCGGCUGGGCCCAAUGACAAGGACGCUCAGCAGAAGACUUCCGGUCGUCUCAAGGGAAAAGCCCUCAAGGAGGCAAAGAGCCAGCCUACUGGCACUAAGAAUGGGACCGGCCAAAAGUAUAUCGUCGCCUUGAACGACGAUAUCCCCAUGGCCGAAGACAUCGCUAGACAUCGAAAGCCUACCAUCCCGGUACCUAUGUCUUUCGUCAGCACUAUCAACCGAGUCAUCGACCCCAACAAAAAUCAUCUUUACUUCGUCCGUGUACUAGAAGAUAGUGCUACAUACCAGGCAGAAGAACAGGACUCACUAGAUGAUGCAUUGGUCAUAUGGAAUUUCCUGAUGGUGGACGCUGAAAUAAUCCGAAACCAAAUCGCCUGGAUUUGGAAAGGCUAUUGCGACGGGAAAUUCGAUCUUACAGUUGCUGCAGUCAUCACGGAUGCUGACAUCUACAUGGUAGAGAGUCUUGUGGGCCAGUCAUUCCAACUCUUCGACAAACACGGCGGUUAUCUUCAAGUUGCGAGGACAUAUUUCGGCAUAAAAGCCACUCAACAGGAUUAUUCCUCGCAGGAAAUAGACGAAUCCUGGAAUGGCAGGCAUGCAGAUCAUCAGCUGUUUGAACUAUUCAACACCACGUUCUCUCAUGCACUCACAAUCAUUGAGCUGCUGAGUACGAUGCUCCCAAAUCCGAGGGAAAGAACCCUGGAUUCUUCUAAGGUGAUGAGCAAGCUGAAGACUCGUUGCGGUGUGCCAGGGAGCGACGGUGCCACUCUGGAACUCAGUAGACCAGUUGAUGGCAGCACGAUUUUGGAACGAAGCCCUGGUAUUUGCCACGAAUCGUAG